AUGUCACCCGUUCCUACUCACAAUUUUGCCCAAGCGCAUGGCCAUAAAGUGGUCUUCCUCUACGCCUCUCACACUCAGAUCCUUCUUCCAUCCACCUUUCGCCUCCUCGUUCAUCGAUCCAAUCACGAUGCUAUACUCAUGGCAUUCAUCGAAUCGGCUUAUCGAGCUUUGCGAAACGAAGAUGACGCUGCUGCUCAAAGUGUCAAAGACAGUCGCACGCCAAAGCCCGCUCUCCCGAAAACUUUCGAGAAGCUUUCCGAGCCCGCGCACGCUGCCACUCUAAGAGCGUACACCAUCUCGCUCACCACAAUCGCACAGGUCGGCAUUGUGUUGUCGUCGCGCCAGGACUUGAGAGAGGCGAUGCAAAGCGACUUUGCUGCAAUCUGGGAUCCCGAGUCCUUUUUGGCAAUCGCAGUUCUACGAAAGACUGACGUCACAGACACACUGGAACUGAUUGCUAAAGCAAUUGAAGUGAUUAGGCUUGGAUGUUGGUUGGACGCUUACUUGGACACAGGCAAUGCAUACUGGCCGGUCCCUUGCAAGCAAAGGCUCACGAUCCGUGGACAGGAGGACGCGAUCGCUAGGUUUGCCGAGAGGCGUAGAUCAGAAGGCACUCCUUUCGAGCAGACGCUUGGUGGAUACGCAACUGGUAUCGCAACGCAAGCGAGCAUCAAGGAGAUUCGACUAUUGGUCCAAGAUUAUGGGCAGCAAGACAUUGCUGUGAUCGAACGGUCUACCAUCCCCGUUCUCGACGAAGGGGAGUGGACUUUUUUGAAAGACUUGUUGGCGCCUCGACUCAAGGAGCGUCGUAUUCGAGUCAAGUUGACGAGCGAUCCAACCUCUCAGCUGCAAUGUUCGUCCAGCGGCUAUUUUCACAUUAAUCUCGGCGAAUUCCUAAUGCAGGCAGACGCCGGUCGCUCCCAAAAGCAUUUCGACAAAGCCUUGGAGACUCUUUGCGAGCAGGUUACUCUGUCUCGCAUCUAUGCGCCCAGCAUCGAGAUGUUGCUACUAGGAGGAGACACGAGGGAUUCUUGCGCCAUGAGAGCAACAAGAAUCUUUGAUGAAAAGCAGCUACCUUUUACCGUCGUCAAGCUUCUCAACUUGCUGUACCCCAAGGAUUCUCAUCGCUACGGUGACGAACCCGUCAACCUGUCCAGAGUACAAGGCAACCCUUGUCAGCAAGUCGCUAUCGUGGGCAUGUCGUGUCGAGUGCCCGGAGCCAACGAUGCCGACGAGCUCUGGAAGCUCUUGAAAGAAGGCAAAGACAUGUGCCAAGAGAUCCCAACACGAAUUUACCGCUACCAGGACUAUCACUCGGCUUCUUACAGAGAGCGCAACGUCAUGCGUGUCAAGACCGGCAACUUUGUGGAAUGCUCGAGCCUGUUUGACAGGAGCAUCCUCGGACAGGGCGUCUCAGUUGAAGACUGCGUCAAGAUGGAUCCACAGCAAAGGUUGGCCAUCUUGACCACUCAGGAGACAUUGCAGUCUGCUGGAUAUGGCUUCUCUCUGUAUCAGCAUCCCAAGAAGCCGGAGCAGUGGAGUACCCACCUUGCAUACUGCAGCGACGACUAUCGCGAACAUCUCAGCCAAAACAUCGAGGCCAACUUUGUUUCCAAUACGCAUCGUGCUCAUCUUGUCGCCAAAGUCAACGAGACCUUUGGCUUUCGGGGCGAAGCUUGCACCUACGACACCGCUUGCAGCUCUGCUCUUGUUGCUGUCGAAGCGGCUUGCAAUAGCCUGCUUGCAGGAGAGACUUCUGCCGUACUUACGGGAGGCGUCAACAUUCUGAUGCAACCCCAAAUCACUAUCGGCCUAGAUAGAGGCUUUUUCCUUUCGGCCUCAUCACAGUGCAUGACCCUCGAUGAUGCUGGCUCAGGAUACUCUCGCGCCGACGCUGUUUCGAUCAUGAUGCUGAAGCGACUGCCGGAUGCAGUCCGAGACGGUGAUCCCAUCCUUGGUGUCAUCUCGUCGGCUGCGACCAAUCACUCGGGGGAGUCCUUUUCCAUCACUCACCCACAUGGUCCAACUCAGAAGAGGCUGUAUCAGGCGGGCAUGCUGGCCAGCAAGACGUUGCCUGAAGACUUUACCUACAUUGAGAUGCAUGGCACUGGCACGCAGAGUGGCGACUUUGAAGAGGUCGGCGGCAUUGUCGAGACUUUUGGGAAUGACAAGAGAGGGGAAGAAUCUCUGCUCGUUCUUAGCUCAGUGAAGGCCAACAUUGGCCACUCUGAGGCAGCUUCAGGAGCUAGCAGUAUGAUCAAGACGCUCAAGAUUUACCAACACGGCCAAGUGCCACGCCACAUUGGCAUCCGCACCAAGCUGAACACCAAGCUUCCCCCGCUCUUUGGUCUGCACGUGCCCUUGGAGGAAACAAAGCUGGACAGAGUUGGGAGUGCAUUUACGCUAGUCGACAACUUCUCGGCAGCGGGUGGCAACUCUUCCAUCGUCAUGGACCGAGGCAGCGUCUAUCGUCAACGACUUUUGAAGAUGAGCAGGGAUGCUGACCAGGGAGGAGCAGACUCGAACCAGGAUAGUCGGCCUGUCGCCAAGCAUCAUCUUUUGUUCGUCACGGCUGCGACGCCAUUCUCUUUGGACGCCAAGCGGCGUCGACUCGUCGCAUUCCUCGAAGCCAACGUGGAUGUCAGUCUGACCGAGUUUUGCAGCGCAGUCUCGCUCAGCGACCCCAUGUAUCCAUAUCGCUUGAUGGCUAGCCCAGCUAGCCUCGCUGAAGUGAAGACAUGCUUGAGCAGCCAAGAGUCGGUGUCCAUCAUCGGUGCAGACGUCAAGAGGCGCCAGAUCGGCAUCGUCUUUAGUGGCCAGGGCGCUCAAUACAUGGACAUGGCCAAGGAGGUCUACGAGCAUAGCGCAGCCUUCCGUAAUCACGUCGACAGCUGCAAUACCAUUGCCCUCAGCUUGGGUUUACCAAACCUGGUCGAAGUCAUCCAUCCACCCAAGGCGGCAGAGGACGCAGCCCAGUUAGAAGCAAGAGCAGCACGCAAGGCGGACAGCUUCAGUCCAGCGCAGUAUCAGCUGGCGCUGAUUGCCACCGAGGUCGGGAUGGCUUCGAUGCUACGUGACUGGGGCUUGCAACCUUUAUGCGUUGUUGGACACUCGCUCGGCGAAUAUGCGGCACUCUGGCUGUCGGGCGUCAUUAGCCUGCGCAGCCUCAUCGAACUCGUUGGUCGUCGAGCCAUGCUCAUGAUGGAACUCUGCGAGCCAAACGCAUCGUCCAUGCUCGCUGUCAGAGAAGGUCCUGUCCGGGUGCGCCAAUUGCUCGAAGCGUCUGGUUAUACGGAUCUCGAGAUCGCCUGCUUCAACAGCCCAAAUGACACUGUUGUUGCUGGACCUACAGACAGGAUCGGCCAAAUGCUGAAGCUGUGCGAGCAACAAGAGCCCAAGAUCAAGGCGAUGGCAAUUCCUGUGCCUUAUGCCUUUCACUCGAGGGCUGUGGAGCCACUAAUGCAAGGGUACGGAGAGGUGACUGCCCGUCAUCGCAUCUCGUCACCGAAGAUCAAUAUUGCUUCUAACGUGCUCGGACAAGUUGUGGCCCCUGGCAGGAGUGACUUUGAUGCACAGUAUCUGGUGCAACAUCUGCGACAGCCAGUGCGAUUCGCCGAGUCCAUUGCAGACCUACAGUACAAGCUCAAGGUCGACACCUGGAUCGAGAUUGGUCCUCACCCAACCUGUAUCCCGAUGCUGAAGGGCUGCUAUACCGAAGCAGGAAAUAUGCCGGACUUGAUCCCGUCAUUUCGACGGGGAAGCUCAUCCUGGACUUGUACACUUGAUUUGGUCAAGGAGCUCGCCUCUGGCGGUAUUGACUUGGACUGGAGUCGUGCGUUCGGUGACCUUGGACUGCGCUUCCCUCAUCACGAGCUUUGUGCGCGCCUACCUCUGUAUCCUUUCGAUUUGGAAGAGUACCGGGUUCCCUUCAAGGAUCGUGGCUUGCGAGAUCAUCUCAUGUUGAUGCAGAAGGAGCCAAAAUCAACGUCCACCAAAUCUAAACAUCAGGUUGCAGCUACAGCUCGGCAAAGAUGGCCAAAGCCUCUGCAUGCCUUGCUUUGGCAAUGCGUCAAGCUCGAAGCCCAGCCACCGUCAGCCUUGUUCCUGGCUCGCGUCAACCAGCGGCCCUUCCGCGACUUUAUUCAGGGUCACAUUAUUCUCGGUGUGCCCUUGGCGCCGGCUACUGUCUUUGUCGAGCUGGCACAGGAAGCAGGCAUGUACUGGUGGCGCAUGGAUCCCUGUUCGACCAAGCCCACGGGUCAGCUGGAAGAAGAUGUUGUCAUUGAAGUGCUUGACCUGUCGAUGGUGGCAUCGCUGUACCUCAACGAACACGAUGCCAAGCAGAGUAUCGAGGUAAGCAUGCAGGGCAAUCCGACGUCAAAGGAUGGCUCCAUCGUGCAGUUCUUCUCGCACAGCAAGCAUCAGCAUCAGAAGAACCAAUACGGAUCUUGCCGUAUCAAGAUUUCUACACAAGACAGCGUCGCUGCAGAUUGGACCAAGCUACGACAUCUCAUCCUGACAACAGCUUCGGCAGUCAAGUCUCAACCUGCCUCUGUGAUGAGGACCGAUACGAUCUACAGGACGUUUGAAGCGAUUGUGCUCUACCUUGAUGGUUUCCGAGGCAUGAAGACGAUCUGGAUGACGGAGCGUGGCGACGAGGCUGUCUCCGAAGUGAUGUUCAAUGCAGAAGCCAUCAAUGGCCGCUUCCUGUGCAGUCCCAUGCUGCUCGACAGUCUCGGCGGGCUCACUGGCUUUAUCAGCAACGUCGGCUUUGCAGAAGGUCCCUUUGUAUACAUGGCUGAAACCAUCGGCAGGAUUGCGACGAUGCCUGGCUUGAGGAAGCUGCAACCUGGCAGUGGGACCAAGGUGCAUGUCUAUGCUAGGAUGGAGCAGGACAAGGAUCUCUCCAAGGGCUCUGCCUACUUCUUCCUGUCUGACGGCCAGCUCAUGGGCACCAUGGAAGGCAUCGCAUUCAAACGCAUCCGUCGCGACAUGUUGUCUAGGCUGGUCCAGCUGUCCUCGAAGGCCUUUGCAAGCGAGGCGGCCAGGGCAGCUCAGGAGAAGAGCGAGCAUCCUGGUCGCCAAGAGGCCAGCAACAGCGAGCAAAAGAGGAAUGCCGCAGGACAACAGUCAUGUAAGCAAGCAGAUGUCUCACAGGAGCUCAAGGUCAAGAUGGCAGCGUCAUGCGUUCCAGCGCGACUGAACGAGGCUCGAUGCGAUUCGCCCAUGGAUGUCCUCACGAAUCCCAACCGGCGCUUCACAUACUCAGCGCCUCUUCACAUGGGUGGUCCUCAGCUGAAACGAUUCGACGACACCAACGUCCUCUUUCUGUUUCCUGACGGCAGCGGCACCGCUCAGAUCUAUCCAAAGAUCGACAUUGAAAUGGCAGGCAGCCUAUCAGUAUAUGGCCUUGACUCGCCUUACUUGGGUCAAGUCGAAGCGUGGAGUCGAGGAGUUGCCGAACUAGUCGAUCGAUACAUUGAGAUGCUGUGCCGCGUACGGAGCCGAGGCCCCUUUAAGCUGGCUGGUUGGAGCAUCGGAGGCGUCGUUGCACUGGAAGUGGCUCGCCGUCUUCUUUCUGUUGGUCAAGAGGUAGCUUUUCUCGGUCUGAUCGAUACUCCCAAUCCAAAGCAGAUCAAACCACUGCCCACGGAGACGCUCGAUUAUAUGCUCAAGAAGAUCAGAUCCAGCACUGUUCGAGAGCACUUUCGAUCAUGCGCUCUCAGCCUGCCGGAGUAUCGCUGCCAGCCCUUGCAAGCUGCCGAUCGGAAGCCUAGCAAAGUUGUGGUCAUCAAUGCGGCCGACUCUUCGAAGCUGGAAGGUGUGAUGGCCGACAAGAGCCAGUGGCGAUCCUUCUGGUCAGACUCAGCCAGACUCGUAUGCGAGGUGGUGACAGGUGAUCACUGGACGUGCCUCGAGGCUGCUCUCAACCUCGUCGUCAGCCAGGCCAAGUGA